AUGGCGCCCAAAAAGCAUUCUAGAUCAAUCUCAGUUUCCUCUCAAUCUUCUAUCUCUUCCAAUAGCAACAGAAGCUCACUUAGUUCUUCUGAAGAUUCUCAUACUCCUCCCUCAAAAAAGCAAGUCAAGAAAUGUGUGUGCACUGACAAGGAGGCUUCCAAACAAAAGAAAGCCAAGAAAUCUAAGACAAGCAAGGAAGAUCCCCACAAGGAGUACCUGGCCACUGCACAUGGAAUCACACACUGUAUCGACUUAUUUUGCAAGGUCGACAAACUCAUCAAGAUUGGCUGUCUGCUUCAGCAAGAGGAAGCUGCAGAGAAAGGAGAACUCAAGGAGUCUGAGGCUGAGAAGGAGACCCACAAGAAGAGACUAUCUGCAAUCUCUGAGCAGAAGAAGCUUGCCAGUGGUGGGAUUCGCCUGACCACAAAUGGCUUUCCCACAUUCCUUUGGUCUGGGAACCCCCCUGGAUGUGACUAUGACGAUGACACUAUGACAGAAGGCCUCCUCCAGGGCUAUCUCAUUGAAUGUGUAAUGCGACAUAUAUUUACAGGACCAUCUACAGCUCUAGCAGAGCAUAUUGCUUAUGCUUGUGUACAAGCACAUUUUGGAAUCAGUGCACAGAACAAAUGGUCAGACAUUGAUGGAAACUUCAAAUAUCCAGAGUUUUACCAUAACAUUAUUGAUUUCAUUCAUGACUGUGGAGAUACAGACUGGGUAGGGGAACUCAAGAAGUGGUGGAACAUGGUGCUCUUCAAGAACAAGGCCAGUCGAGAAGGCAGACCAGAUGCUUGGUCAGCUGGAGAUGAGUAUAGAAGAGAUUCCUCAGGUUCUGUCAACAAUCUGGCCAAAAUGCAAGCACAGGUCAUGGUACACACCAAGUCCUCUGCAGCUCCUGCAGCCCCUGAUCCACCACCACCCUGUCCUAUUACUCCUCCACCAAGCUCUCCAGCCCCAACUCGUGCAGGCUCUCUACCUCCUACUCCUCUUCCACCUGCCCCUCAGGAUGCUUGUUCUACACUUCCUUCAAGCAUUACAUCUGGUUCAUGCAAGUCACCUGCAUUAAGCGAAUUAACUGAUGACAAAGGCGCACCCGAUGACAUCACCAAUCGAAAGGCAAAAUGGCUGGGUGGGAAAACUCAUUCAAAGGGGAAGGGUAAGCAAAGGUGCAUUGAGGAUUCAGAUGAUGAGGAAGUUCAGCAACCAGCAAAACAUGCAAGGAAACAAACACACAGGAGGUAG